AUGGUGAGAAAUUUGAAAAGUCAGCUUGGUUUGCAGAAAUUGUUGUUAUGUGAUGGACAAUUUUUUCAUGUUCGUUGUUCUGCUCAUAUUUUGAAUCUAAUUGUUCAAGAAGGGUUGAAAGUUUCUAGUGAUGCCUUGAGAAAAAUUAGAGAAAGUGUCAAAUAUUUAAGGGGCUCGGAAGGCAGAAUGAAAGCAUUUAAAGAAUGCAUUGAUCAAGUGGGAGGAAUUAACACUUCAAAAGGCUUAUGCCUAGAUGUCCCUACUAGAUGGAAUUCAACUUAUCUGAUGCUUGAAAGUGCUCUGAUAUACCAACGUGUGUUUUCUAUUCUUGAAUUCAGUGAUAAAAAUUAUAAAUAUUGUCCUACACUUGAUGAAUGGGAUAGAGGAGAAAAAAUUAUGGGGUUCUUGAAGCCAUUUUAUGAUAUUACUGAGUUGAUUUCUGGCACAUCCUAUCCUACUGCCAACUUAUACUUUUUGCAAGUUUGGCAAAUUCAAUGUAGUCUCCAGAACACAUUACAUGAUGAUGAUGACAUUUUAAAGAGCAUGGUUGAAAGGAUGAUGGAAAAAUUUGACAAAUAUUGGGAGGAAUAUAGUAUUGUGCUUGCACUAGGAGCGCUUCUUGACCCACGGAUGAAGACUUCUGCUUUGUCUUAUUGUUAUUCCAAAGUUAAUCCAUUGACAAGUGAAGCAAAAGUAGAAGAAAUAAAGAAAAAUGCAUACAACCUCUUUGACAAUUAUGCAUGUCACAUUCUUCCCUCUUCAAGUCAAAGUCUCAGUGAUGUUACAAGUGCAUCUUCAAGUAGGUCAAUAUCAAAAGAGAAGAAGGGAUUUUCAGAAAUCAUGCUCCAAGAAUUGAAAAAGCACAAUCAACCCUUCAAUGCAGCAAAGAUUGGAAAAUCUCAACUUGAUGUUUAUCUGGGAGAGGAUAAUUUGGAGUUUGAUGAUGAUACAUUUGAUAUAUUACAAUGGUGGAAGGGGAAAGCUAAACGUCUUCCAAAUCUAUCACUAAUGGCUCGUGACUUAUUAAGCAUUCCUAUUACCACUGUUGCAUCUGAAUCUGCAUUCAGCAUUGGGUCACGGAUCCUUAAUAAAUACAGAAGCAGUCUCUUACCUGAAUGUGUUGAAGCUUUGCUUUGUACCCGUAAUUGGCAGAAUGGUUUUUCCGCGACUGAUGAAGGUGCCUUUGAUGUGAAGAUUGAUGAGAAGAUUGAUGAAUGA